AUGACUGCAUACAAGACACCUAUUGGUACCUCGCCUUACAAGUUGAUCUAUGGCAAAGCAUGUCACCUUCUGGUUGAGCUAGAACACAAGGCCUUUUGGGCCGUCAAAAAGCUCAAUAUUGAUAUGGAGUUGGCGGGUGAGAAGAGAUUGCUCCAACUCAAUGAGCUAGAUGAAUUCAGGUUGAAGUUGUUUCCUGGAAAAUUAAAGUCGAGAUGGUCUGGACCUUUUGAAAUAGUGCGAGUGACACCAUACGGGGCUAUAGAGUUAAGAGCGCCAAAUUCCGAGAGGACAUUCUUGGUCAAUGGGCAAAGAAUCAAGCGUUAUUGGGGUGGUGACGUGGAUCGUCACAAGUCCUCAAUUGCACUGAAGGAUUCUUGA